CCAACGAGUGUCCAAACGCUUCACUUGUGUUGUUCACCUUUGUUUGCGCACGGCACAGUGAUUGAGGUUAAUUGCUUUCUGCUUGGUUUCCUGACGGCGGCACCGGGUUGACCCAGCGAUCCGGACGCUGCCAAUUACACUAACGAAGCGCGUCAGAAACAGGCUAUAAGAGAGGCUGACUAAAGCGGCCGCUCCUCCAUUAGAGACAUUACGCAGGAGAGACGUGUUGAGACAUCGGAUGAAGAUGGAGACUGUGCGAAGCGAGAAACCUGCGAGCUCUCCGCCGAGGCCGCAGCUGAAGUGCAGCCACGGCAACUGCGGAGCCACUUUCACCAGACAGUGGAAACUCAAGGAGCACGAGGCGGUGCACACCGGAGAGCGGCCGUGUCAGUGCACAGUUGCAGGCUGCGGUCGACGUUUCACGAGGAAAUCGCACCUGAGUCGCCACAUGCUGCAGCACAAAGGAGACAAACAGUUCAAGUGCAUAUUCGCGACCUGCACCAAGGCUUUCCUCACCUCCAGCAAACUGAAAAGACACGUGGGUUGCGCCCACGCAGCGAAAAACAAGUUCUUCACGUGUGACCAGCCCAACUGCUCCUUAACCUUCAAAAAGCGCAGACUGCUGAAGCUGCACUUAAAGGAGCAUGAUGUGUCUGCGGAGUUCAAGUGCACCAAGGACGGAUGCAACGCUACGUUCGUCUCCCACAUCGCCCGCAAUUCCCAUAAGAAGAAGCAUGCAGGUUACCGCUGCCCUCGUGCCAACUGCAAGGUGCUCGAACACACCUGGGGGAAGCUCCAGAAGCACAUGGCCAAACACCUAGCCACCUUCGUGUGCCCAGUGUGUAAGAAGGUGUUUAAGAAAGCAGAAACUCUGCGGCGGCACAAGUGGACCCAUGCUUCCCACAAGCCUGUCCUGGUCUGUCCCAGGAAGGACUGCCAGGCCUACUUCUCCACCACCUUUAACCUGCAGCACCACAUCCGCAAGGUUCACCUCGAGCUCCUCAAGUACAAGUGCUCCUUCCCUGACUGCCCACGCAAGUUUGCUAUGCGGGUACAUAACAUGUUUGCUGGUCCCUGUGAGGAGAGUAUGAAUAGACACCUGCUUCACCAUGACCCAAAUGCCACCACUCUGAAGAAACGUCAAAGGGCCAAGAAAUCGUGGCAGAAGCGUCUGGACGGAAACCAUCAGCCCCUUGUGGAGCAGAACCUACAUCGCCUCUUCGCCCUGCGCAUGCGCAUCUCCAGACGUGCCAAAGUGGAAACCAACCUCUCGGGCCUCUUCAAUGAACGCAAGAUCCCUCAUUAUGUUGACCCGGAGGUCAACCUGCGCAACCUGUUCGGCAUCAAACAGUCCCGUCCUUUUGAGGAGAAACCGGAGGAAGCUCCCCUGAAAGAGGAAAAGGCUCCGGCAGUUUGACUGUUAAAUCUCUGCGAGCCAUGGACUGUUAAUUUAAUUUGAGAAUUUGAAAAUUUGGGUCUCUUUGGUUUAAGUUUUCUAAUGUAGCCGACAUACAUUAAUAUUUUAAUUUAAACAAAGUAUUUGUUACUUGAAACAUUGAUAAGCAUGUGAAGCGUCUGAGAAUUUGAGAUUGAAUUCUUUGAAGACAACGGGUCUUCAGUGAAAUGCUUGUUGACCCAAUAAAAUGAGUUACAUUUUCGA